UCAGACCACUAUCGACAUAUGGGGGAACCUUCACUGACACUCACUUGGAAAAUUAAGCCUCUUAUUUUCGAUUCCGUUCCAGUAUAACAUAAACCGAAUAAUAACUUUGAAUUAUUUAUUAUUAUCAUUAUUAAGAAUUUGUGUCCAAGACUCCUUACGUUUAUACCUUUUUUUAUAUUUUUAUAUAUAUAUAUGAUUUAUCUUUAUAGAUCAUAUAAUAUCUAGAUAAAAAAUUACGAGACUAUAAAAUACAACAAAUUGUUAGCUUUUGUGAUAAGACGUGUGCAUGGCGAAAAUUAUUAUCAGUGAAACAAAAUUUCGCUGUGUUUAAGUGCAAAUAAAAUAAAAAUACUUGAUAAUGAGUGAGAAAAUUUCAAAUAAAGUUAUUAAUUUUGGUGCCGGUCCCGGAAAGCUUCCAUUCGAGGUACUAAAAGAUGUUCAAAAUGAGUUACUAUCUUAUGGAAAUUCAAAAAUAAGUAUUUUGGAAAUGAGUCAUCGAUCUAACGAUUUCAAAAAAAUAGUUGAAAAUGCACAAAAAAGACUUACUGAGAUUCUUAACAUUCCUGAAAACUACAAAGUCAUGUUUCUACAAGGUGGUGGAACUGGACUUUUUGCAGCAAUCCCUCUUAAUAUGAUGACAACUGGAAGUGCUGAUUACAUUGUCACAGGUACAUGGUCAGCAAAAGCAGCAAAAGAAGCUUCUAAGUAUGGAAAAGUAAAUUUUGUAACACCUCCUACUAAGACAUAUACUGAAAUUCCUAAUAAAUCUACUUGGACAUUUAAUCCAAAUGCAUCUUAUGUUUAUUAUUGUGAUAAUGAAACAAUUCAUGGUAUUGAAUUUCAUGAUAUUCCAGAAACAAAAGGAAUUCCUUUAGUAGUUGAUAUGUCAUCAAAUUUUCUAUCAAAACCUAUAAAAAUAUCUAAAUUUGCUUUAAUAUUUGCUGGAGCUCAAAAAAAUGUAGGACCUGCUGGUAUUACAGUAGUUAUUGUUCGGAAAGAUUUUAUUGGUUCAGCAAUGCCAAUAUGUCCAAGCAUCUUUGAUUUUGCUGUAGUGUCAGCAGAAAAUUCUAUUCAUAAUACACCACCAGUUUUUCAAAUUUAUUUUGUUGGACAAGUUUUUGAAUGGAUUCAUAAGAAUGGUGGAGUAGAAAAUAUGAAUAUACUGGCUUCCAAAAAAAGUAAGCUUAUUUAUGAUAUAAUAGAAGAAUCGCAAGGCUUCUACCUUUGUCCUAUUAAAAAAGACUGUCGAAGUAGAAUGAAUAUACCCUUCAGAAUAAAAAAUAAUGAAGAAUUGGAAAAUGCAUUUGUUGCUGGAGCUAUUGCUCUCAAUAUGCUACAACUAAAAGGACAUCGUAGUGUUGGUGGUAUUCGUGCAUCACUUUAUAAUGCUGUAACAUUUGAGGAUGCACAAGUUCUAGCUAAUUAUAUGAACAAAUUUUAUAAAGAGAACAAUUGAGUUAAGCAAUGUUACUUAUAAAAUCUAAUCAUUUUAUUCAAUUUU